GCGCCGGGAGCGUGCGGCGGCGGCGCGCUCGGCCUGAUUUACGGCUGUGCUGCAAACGGCUUCCCGGCUGCGCUGCAACCGCUACCGGCAACAAGUCGGGUGAGUGCGGGAGCGGCGAUCUUGCGGCCGGCUGAGGCCCGCGCCGAGCCGUGGCCCGGCCUCCCUCCGUCUCCGGCAAGGCCCGGGCGGCGGCCGCGGCGAGCGAGGCGGAGCGGAGCCGCGACGCCGCGGCCCUACGACUGGCCGCGCCGGGCGGGUGCCUCCCCGGUCGCUGGGCAGAGAUGGCGCGGUACCCCUGGUAGCCCCCGGGAAAGUUUCCCAAGUUUGCCGUCGGGCCUACCGGGUUGCCCCGGCCCCGGGCGGGCGCGGACUGUUCUCUGCCAGUCAGGGUCCGGCAAGGAAUGCAACAGACGGCCCGGGAUGAAAGCAGGCACUCCUGGCAGGAGCCGCUCGGCAGCGUCAGUCUCCCCUUCCGCUGCCCGCGAUGCGGCGACCACACCAGGUUCCGGAGCCUCUCCUCGCUGCGAGUGCACCUGGAGUACAGCCACAGCUACGAAGAGAGAAGCCUCCUCAGCAAGAGCAGCGUGUUCUCGCCCCUGAAGGACGCGGAGCUGCUCUCCUCGCCGGAGCCCGCCGCCCAGGGCAGCCUGGGGAGCCCUGGCAGCGCCGUACAGCAGAAGGGUUCCUACCUGAAUUUCUGCGAGGCGUCCUGCGAGACCUCGAAGCGCGGGCAGGCGCUGGAUGUGGAAGCCGAGCGGCCCGGCUCCUAUGUUGCGAACUAUGUGUCGGCUGAGUCACCCACCAAGCACAUACCCAAAGCCGGCCUCACGGGCACUGACUCCAAAGCCUCCUUCGAGGCACACGUUAGAGAAAAGUUUAACAGGAUGGUAGAGGCCGUAGACAAAACGAUCGAGAAACGAAUCGACAAGCUUACCAAAGAGCUGGCCCAGAAGACGGCAGAGCUGCUGGAGGUGCGGGCAGCUUUUGUGCAGCUGUCCCAGAAGAAGCAGGAGGUGCAGCGCCGGGAGCGGGCCCUGAGCCGGCAGGUGGACGUGGCGGUGGAAAUGAUCGCGGCCUUGAAGCAGCGCCUCAGCGAGUCCGAGGAGGAGCUUCACCGCAGAGAAGAAGAAGUUGUUACUUUCAACCACUUCCUGGAGGAAGCAGCAGAAAAAGAAGUGCGGGGAAAAGCCAGGCUCCAGCACUUCAUUGAGAACCUGUUGCAGCGUGUGGAUCUGGCAGAGAGGCAGCUAGAAUAUUACCAAAAUCAGCAGAUGGUGUGUGACCACACUGACGUCAGCGAGCACGUGUUUACAGACAUUUCAUUAAAUAAGAAACCCAGAUGCCUGAGCCGAGGAAGUCAGCAUGCUUCAUGUAACAUCCCUGACACAAAGCCUCAUUCCUUUCAAAAAGGAAGAAUCUUGUUGAAAAAGGCAAAAGAUGAAAAAAACAGCUUGCAGCCAGUGAAAUGCUUCUAUGAACCUGUUGAUUGCCCAAGAGAAAUCUGGAGAGCCCAAAAGAAAGGUGAACCAGUCUCCUCUGCCAGGAAAGCGAGCACAAAAGCAAAGAUGGGUAAAAAGGCAAAAGCACUAUAGGAAUGGUUAGCAAUAUAUAGUAAUGCAGGAGCCUGGCUUCCACAGAACAAAUACUGAAUGAAGUCAGCCAGCCUACUUUUUCCUAUCUAUCAGUCCAUGCCAAAACAUCUCAGAUAGAAUAUAUAGAAAUAUAUCCAGUAUGGAAGAUUUAUGUUGUCUAGUAACGCCAUUCCCUCUUUGGGCGUUAGGAGAGAAGUAACUUUCUGUUUACAUGGAGGGUUUUCUAUUUAUUUAUUUAUUUGUUUGGCUUAUUAUAAAUUACUGCAGUUAUCUUGCUGGGCAGUACUGUGGCUAUAUGUUUAUAAUUAUUUUAGUGGCAGCAUGUGGCUCAGUAAUUUGUUUUCCAUUUGUGCUGUUGCUGAAGUUCAGAAGAAUCCAUUUAAUCGGCACCUAAAUAAUCAAUCUUUCAGCUUAGGUAGGUAUAAGAUCAACAAUUAACUGUUACUUGCACAGAUAUAUUUAGAUGCUAAAGGUCUACCUGGAGUGCUUGAAGGCUGUUACAGCAGUAUGUUGCUGCUCUGGAUUUUCUGCUGUAAGCCCAUUUGGUUACAUUUCCACAUUUUAUUACAUAUGUUAAACCACUCGAUCCUGCUGGUAGCCACAUUGUCUGAUGGGACAAGCUUGGGCUGCUCUAGUGUCCCAAGCUCAGCUUUCAAAUUCCAGCAACUUUAUGGCUUUGCUAUAUGUACCAGCCUCCAGUGUCACUGAGCAAGGAGACCAGAAGCUGGUUCUGCAGCCCUGACAAGCUGAGAAUGUACUGACCUAGAGGAGAAAUUCCAGUUCCACAUGAAAGACUAAAGCAGUGUGUGACACUGCAUGGCUCAGUGUCCAGUGCCUCUGCUUGGUUUGGGGCUUGAAAUGGCUACAAUCAUAACCAAAAUCCUUCACAUUUUUAUCUCUGAAGAAUCUUUACACAUCUGAGAGGCCUCUGCAUUUCAAGUGAAAACCUAAGAGCAAGGAAGUUAGAGAAUUGCCUGUGUUUACAUUGCUUUGUGCCAAUUAAAAGGAUCCUUAUUUAUCAGAGUAUUUAUCAAGAUAAUUUUGUGUGUGUACAGUUUUUUGGCAACUUGAAUCCUCAUGCCACAUUUACAGAUACGAACAUCCUGUCGAUGUUUAUGAUGAGAUUUUGUUUUCUCAAAGAAAGGCUAGGUGAGACAAGUCUGUGUAAUUUAUUUUUUAAAUGCUUACAACAGAUGUAAAUUGUUUAUGUGGAAGGUGAUUUUUACAGUCUGUGUACAAAGGUUUGUGAGAAAUGUUUUGUUUUCAUUUUUAUAACUAUGACUCUAAGCAGAACUGAGUAUUAAAAGACAGUGUAUCACAGUAUGAUUACUGCUGCAAUAAGCACCUGAGUUGCAAUAUUUUUAAAGCAAGGAGAGUACCAAUCAGCCAGCUAAGACUAGGUCAUAACCUUUGUCAGUGUACAGAGCUCCCAGAAAGUAGCAGAGUGAAGAAAGAGUAUUAUUCCUCACUUUUAUUUUAAAUAGUGUAUAUGGAACAAUCAGAUCUAUGUUUAAAGUUUAUCAACACUGUUUCAGUAGAAAGUCACAGUGUAAAACCAAUUCAGGUAUCUAGGUUGUAAUGACACUUUAAUAUUUAUUGAACUAUGUCACAAGGCCACACUUGGCCUUAUGCUAGGCAUUGUGUGUGGUGAAAAGGAGUUGUUAAUUGUGUUGCAUGGAUUUGGGUCAGAUUGUGUGUUACAACUUUCUUAGGCAAGCCACAAAAUACAAACAUCAAGUCUUUUACAAACUUGAUAAAAAAAGACCCUUUUCAUAAACAGUAAAGCUGAACCUGAGAAAGAUAAUAAAAUGUGUUCAUCCUUUUCUCUAUCCACUUGGCACUGAAAGAAUAUUUUUAUUUUUAAAUGCCUAUCACCAAAGCUAAGUGCAACUACUCGUUCACAAAUGAGAUGUUUAUUUUAUUAUUUCUUGCACCAAAACAUUGACUGAAAGUUGUUCUUUUGUGGCAGGAAGAGAAAAAGAGUAAAAGAAGGUGCAUGUUCUUAAACUUUUCAAAGCCUAAGUUACAGUUAACUUGCCAAACAAAUGCCAGGUUAGUCAAUUAGAAAGAAAUUGGAUUGUACUGUAACCCCAGAUAAGUUUUUAAAACAGAAACAUUCUAAUAAUAAAGAUAUAUUUCUCA